AACUAAAACUGAAAACUGAAAACUGAGCUGAAAAACUGCACCUUCGCCGGUGUGCUUUUAGGGCCAAAGAGUCAAAAUCCGUCAUUGUAACAACCUCUGCUGCUGCUGCUGGUGGACUGGGAUCACAGGGGGAAUGGUGGCCAUAUGGAGAUGGAGAUGGGGAUGGAGAUGUUGUCAUGCAACUACAGCCGGCAUUGCGGACAGGUUGACGCCAAUUCCGAUGCCUGGUCAUCCCUAACAGCUCUCUGAUAAAAGCUGAUUCCUGUGCGUGUGCAAGCAUUCUGCAAGUGAAAAUGGAGCUUUCGAAAUUGAUGCAAAAAUCGAUACAGUCACAGCUGUUUGUGUACAACAAGUGAAAGUGUCCCGAGUGCCGCAAAAUAUACUCCCAAAAAAACUAGCAUAAAAUCCCAGAGUUUUGAACUCCAAAAGUGCCUGUGAGGCGUGAAUACCUUCGGAGUUGGUUCUCAUCGAUUCAAUCAGGAUGCCGAGCUCCAGACGUGCCAUUCUGAAGCACAUAUUGUCGGGAAUAUGCACCAAAAUGAAUCGCACCAAGUCGGUGCCCACUGACGUCAUGGAAACGCCGCUCAACCGAUGCCUCAACACCUUCGACAUCGCUCUGUUGGGAAUUGGCCAUAUGGUUGGCGCUGGCAUCUACGUGCUGACCGGAACGGUGGCCAAGGAAAUGGCCGGACCCGGCAUCAUAUUGUCCUUCAUCCUGGCCGGCUUUAUAUCCAUGAUGGCUGCCCUGUGCUAUGCGGAAUUCGGAACACGGGUGCCCAAGGCGGGAUCCGCGUAUGUGUACACGUACAUCUCGAUGGGUGAGUUCUGGGCCUUCGUCAUCGGCUGGAACAUCCUGCUGGAGCACAUGCUGGGAGCAGCAUCGGUGGCCCGGGCCUGGAGUGGCUACGUGGACUCGAUGCUGGGUGGUUGGAUUGGUAACACCACGCUGGAGCUGACUGGUGGGAUCCACGAGCCCGGUCUGGCCCAGUAUCCGGACAUCCUGGCCUUCCUGGUCUGCAUCGUGUAUGCGGCUGCCCUGGCCGGAGGCGUGAAGGCCACGGCCAUGUUCAACAGUCUGCUCACCCUGGUCAAUAUAGCCGUGAUGGUGCUGGUCAUCAGCGUGGGAUUCUGGUAUGCGGACAGCAAGAACUGGUCCGAGGCGGAGGGCGGAUUCCUGCCCUACGGCAUUGGGGGAGUCAUCGCGGGAGCGGCCACCUGUUUCUACGCCUUUGUCGGCUUCGAUUCGAUAGCCACAUCGGGGGAGGAGGCCAAGAACCCAUCGAUCUCCAUACCCGUGGCCACGGUGAUCUCCCUGUUCGUGGUGACUGUUGGCUACAUCCUGGUGAGUGCCGCCCUCACCCUCAUGAUUCCCAUCAGCGAGAUCAAUCCGGCUGCUUCGCUGCCGGAGGCCUUUGGCCAACUGAACCUGUCCUGGGCCAAGUACCUGAUCUCCAUUGGAGCGCUGUGUGGCAUGACCACCACGCUGCUGGGAUCGCUAUUCGCUCUGCCGCGCUGCAUGUACGCCAUGGCCUCGGACGGGCUGCUCUUCAGUUGCUUCGGCAAGAUCAACCCCACCACCCAGGUACCGCUGCUCAACCUGGUGGUUUCCGGCGUGCUGAGUGCCUGUCUCGCCCUGGUCUUCGACCUGGCCAAGCUGGUGGAGUUCAUGUCGAUAGGCACCCUGCUGGCCUACACCAUCGUCUCGGCCAGUGUGAUCAUCUUGCGGUACAGACCCAUGGAGCGGAUCCACACGACGAUCAGGGUGCCAGCGGUGGCCGGAAGUCCCGACGACGACGACGACGACGAUGACGAUGAGGAUGUGGCGUCGCAGUCCAGCAUGGACACGUCCUCGCCCACAAGCGAGAUGAUCGAGGAGGUGCUGGCGGGCAGGCUGAAGGCGCAGUUCAGGUGCCUGGAACCUCUGCUGGGGCGCUUUGAACCCGGUUCCGUGGUCUCCGUGGCCGUUAUGCUGUUCAUCUUUCUGAGCUUCGCCAUCUGUGUGGAGCUGAAGGUGUCGUGGACGCAACUCUACACGGGCACCUGGUGGGCCUUGCUCAUCUAUGGAUUCAUCAUCUUCGCGGCCAGCACCUGUGUGGCCGUAAUAGCUGUCCACAACCAGAACACCCGUGGCAUGAUCUUCAAAGUACCCCUGGUCCCCUUCGUUCCGGCCCUGGGAAUCUUCUGUAACAUCCUGCUGAUGGUCCAUCUGGAUGCCGUGACCUGGGUGAGGUUCUUCGUCUGGGUCUGCAUCGGAAUGGUGGUGUACUUCCUCUACGGGAUACGGAACAGCAAAGAGGGCGAGAUCUGCUCCUCGUACUCCAUUCUGAUGACCACCUCGGAGGCUGGGAAGGUUCCGUGGGGAUCGUUCAAGGCGGCAUCCGGUGGCAAAAAGGGCGGAAAGCACACCAUCUUCGAGAGAUUUACGGGUCGCAGCAAGGCGGAGGACAAGAAAUCCAUUGUGGAGGAGAGCGAAAACGAAACCUCCGGCUAUUCCUAAGUCAAUUCUUCCAACAUGUAUCCACGAUUUCAGAUCAAGGGACUAGGGACAAAUAAUUUGGCUACAGUUUGGGUUUUCAAUUUGUGUUUAUGAUUCACUAAAAAAUCAAAUGUAAAUAGUUAAAUCUUCUUACUUACCUUUCCU